CCUCAGGCUCCGCAGCCGCAAGUAGUACCACCCACUCAGGUUGUGGUUUCAGUUUCGAGUGGAUUCAAUUGUCCUCACUGCCAUGUUGGCGUGAUAACGAAGGAGACGGAUAUGUGCUGCAUGUUAUGUCUUAUACUGCUUACAAUUUUCACCUUCCCUCUUGGCCUUGUUUUCCUUUGCUGCCUUCCGUGCACAGUCACUCGUCGUUGUUCGAACUGUCGUAGAUCUGCUUGA